AAAUGGGCUCCUUUGAUCCUGGGAUGUAGAGGACGCGCAAACCAGCAUGUUUGGGAGUUAGACAAUCGCAUUCAGAGAUAAUGGGUUCUGCUGAAAAGCCAUCAUUGCCUGGCGAGUCGCCCGCAUCUGACGCCUUGACAUUCAAUGUCUUGAUCGUUGGAUCCGGUGUCGCCGGACUUUCUGCUGCCAUUUCUUGUCGAGAACAAGGGUUCGAUGUCGUGGUAGUUGAGGCAUCUCCCGAGUUUACCCACGUCGGUGCAGGUGUCUUUCUCGGAGGCAACGCUACUCGCAUCCUCUGUGAGAUGGGCCUUCAAGAAGAGAUGGAGAAAUACGCGGCUCAACAGCAAAGGACCGUUUUUGUCGAUUUACAGGAUGGAAAGACUUUACAGGUGAUGGAAUUUUCUGAGCUUCAAGCUAAGAUUGGCUGGCCUCUCUGGCAGAUGCACCGGGCGGAUCUGCAUACAGUGCUUCUCAAUAGAGCAAGAGAGCUGGGAGUUCAGAUCCGCAUGGGAAUUCCAAUCAAGGCCUACGAUCCCUCAAAGCCUGCCGUCAUCACAGAGGAAGGCACGGUCUUGACAGCAGACGUGAUACUUGCGGCGGAUGGAUAUCGCUCCCCUGCUAGAUCGAGUCUGCUUGGUGGGAUUAGCGAACCGCGACCGAGUGGAAAUUCUGCAUUCCGCGCUCUCAUUCCAUGUGAGACCUUGAAGCAGAUUCCUGAACUUGAGGAUUAUAUAUCCUGGGAGGCACAAACAACUCAUGUGUGGGUUGGUGAGGGCAAACACGUUGUAGCUUAUCCCAUCCGUCAAGGAGAAUACUACAACAUCGUAACAACUCAGCCAGCAGUACAUACCAAGGACUCCAAAUACGUCGCUAAGAUCGACAGGUCCGAAGUUCUGAAGAACUAUGAUGCGGAACCAAGGCUUAUGACCAUUCUCAAACACCUCCCGAAAGACGUCCUUGAAUGGAGGCUCUGCGACUUGGCGCCCCUUGAGUCAUGGAUCUUCCCGGGAGGAAGAAUUGUCCUUCUGGGGGAUGCUUCCCAUGCUAUGCUUCCAUCUGCAGCUCAAGGCGCGGGGAUGGGAAUCGAGGACGGCGCAGCCGUCGCUGAGUUGUUGUCACGAGCAAAGAGUGUAUCUGGGAUCCCUGCCGCCCUAGCAAGUUUCGAGGAACUUAGGAAGCCAAGAUGUACGGCUAUCAUGACGGGAGCGCGGAUAGAUGCAGAUGCAUGGCAUGGCAAAGAUGCAGGGACGGAGGUAAGCACGACCUGGUCCUGGGACUAUGAUGCCAAGGGCGCAGCGAGGAAUGCCGUGAUAAUUGCUUGAAUAUCACGCAGUGAGACAAUUGAACUAGAAAUCCUGUAACCAUCCAAUUACAGAGCUUUGAAAGAAAAAUUUAAAACAGUUUACGGAUAACGAAAG